AUGGUAAACAUGGCUCCCAAAGGUGGCGGCGGAAGAAGCAGCAGCAGCAGUAGCGGCGCCAAACCCGCGCCAGCCCCCAAACCUGCCCCCGCACCCGCACCCGCACCAGCCCCCGCGCCAGCUGCUGGCGGAGGCAGCAGUAGCAGCGGGACCGGCACCGCCAUCGGUGCGGGUCUCGGCGGCGCCGCGCUCGGCGCUGCGGGCGGAUACAUGCUUGGCUCGCACAUGAACGGCGGCAGCGGAGACGGUGCAGGGGGUGGAGGGGGUGGGAACGGGGGCGGGAACGGGAACUAUACGGCGGCGGCGACGAGCCCGGAGCAUCAGAAGUCGGGUGCUGUGAGGGCGCUGGGGGGUGGGGGGGGGGUGGUGGAGGUUGUGAGGGGGGUGGAAGGGGAGAAGAAGGAGGUGGUGGAGGUGGAGGUGGAGGUGGAGGUGAUGGGGGAUAUGGAGUUGCAGAGGGCCGUUUUGGAGGAGAUGGUGCGUGAUGGCGAGAAGAGGAUUGAGGGUCGAGAUGGCGAGGUUGCAUGGGAUACGGAUAAUGGCGCGGGGAUGGAGUCGAAGUUGCGGUUGUUGAGAACGUAUCUCGCUGCUGGCGGCGUUAAAGAUUGGUGUUCCAACUGCAGCUCAGGCAGGAGAGAUGCUUUUUUCUUCUUUCUCUGCGAUUGCUGGUUCUUCUUUGUGUUUUAUGUCUGUUUUGGCUGGCAAUUGCGCCGACUACGUACAUGUGUUCUGGUGGAUGUACUUUAG